GGUCGAUCUCUCUCUAUUCACUGACUCAAGCCGAUUGCUCACCAUGGCGGAGCCGGUCAUCGACGAAAAGCAAACCCCAGCCGACACUCCGCAAAAGAGUGCAAUCGUCAAAGGCGCAAAGGCCGCCGCCGAAAAGGAACAUGGCAUGACCUUGAUGCAAGGUAUCAGACUUUACCCCAAGGCAAUCGGAUGGAGCAUCUUGAUCAGCACUUGCAUUGUCAUGGAAGGCUUCGACGUCUGCCUCUUGCCCAACUUUUACAACUUCCCGCGUUUCAAGGAGCGAUUCGGCGAGCAGCUGCCCAAUGGUGACUGGGAGAUUCCCGCUUCCUGGCAGGCGGGAUUGCAGAACGGCUCUCAGGUGGGCCAGAUCAUCGGCCUUUUUAUCAACGGCUAUGUGUCGGAGUGGUUUGGCUAUCGUUAUACCACGAUCUGCUGUCUGGCUCUGGUUGCGGCGUUCACAGCAAUCUUCUUCACAGCACAAAGUGUCGAGGUGCUUCUUGUCGGCUACAUUUUCUCCGGAAUACCAUGGGGCGUGUUCCAAACUCUCACCAUUACGUACGCUUCUGAGGUCUGUCCGGUUGCGCUGCGCGGUUAUCUUACAACUUAUGUCAACUUCUGCUGGGGCUUGGGACAAGUCAUCGGUAUUGGAGCGAUUAAGGCUUGCCUCAAGCGUCAAGACGAGUGGUCUUACCGCAUCCCAUACGCUCUACAAUGGAUUUGGCCCUUGCCUUUGGCCGUUGGGAUCUUCCUAGCUCCGGAAUCUCCUUGGUGGUUGGUAAGGAAGGGGAGAAUUGAUGACGCCAAAAAGGCUUUACUACGGUUGACUAGCCUCAACAAGGAGACCAACUUCGAUCCUGACGAGACUGUUGCUAUGAUCGCUCACACCACUGCCCUCGAAGCCGAGAUUACCGAGGGCAGCAGUUACUUAGACUGCUUCAAAGGCACUGACCUUCGACGUACGGAAAUCGUCUGCAUGUGCUGGGCGAUCCAGAAUUUGUCUGGGAAUUCUUUCAGUGGCUACUCUUCGUACUUUCUGACCCAGGCUGGUUUGGACUCGUCUACCUCGUACAGCUUUGCUCUCGGACAGUACAGUAUCAAUAUGGUUGGCGUAUUCGGCGUGUGGCUGUUGAUGAGCUGGGGAAUUGGACGACGGUCUCUGUUCCUUUACGGACUUUGUGGCCUUUUCACUAUGCUUCUCAUCAUGGGCUUUUUGGGACUGCCCUCAGAUCGGGACGCAGCUGCCAUGGCGACAGGAAGUAUCAUGAUUGUCUGGGCUGCGUGCUAUCAAUUGUCUGUCGGCACGGUCUGCUAUUCGCUGGUCGCAGAAAUGUCCACGCGGCGAUUGCAAAUCAAGACUGUGGUGCUUGGUCGAAAUCUCUACAACAUUGUCGGCAUCAUCUGCUCCGUCAUCACCCCUUAUAUGCUGAAUCCUGGCCAAUGGAACUGGGGGAAUUAUGCCGGUUUCUUCUGGGCCGGUGCAUGCUUUCUCUGCAUCAUCUACACCUAUUUCAGAGUUCCUGAGCCAGCUGGUCGGUCAUUUGCCGAACUCGAUUUGCUGUUCGAGCGCAGGGUUCCUGCCAGGAAAUUUGCAACCACCAAAGUUGAUGUUUUCGAUCUGGAUGUGCACGGAGACGUUUUGGAUCAAGCCGAGCGAAAGCUCAGCAUUUCUGCUUCACACGAUGAAGACCCUGAGCAGGCUCUUGAAGUGAGCACAAAGGUUGUGUAGUGACUAGAUUACAGCACGCGGUGAAUCUGCAUUUCAAGGAGUUGGAUAGCGACAAUACAAUGGCCAUUAGAGCAUUGAACCGUUCAUCGGCAAGUGAUCCGGAGAAUUUUGAAAUUUGGGACAGUUUGAUUUUCACGAAGGAGGGUCGACUACCUAACCUUCUUUUGUGUCUACUAGUAAAACAGAUUAUGUUUUCACUCAGGACAUCCGCCCUUGUACUCUCCCUUGGCUGCCUGGCUGCACCACUUGGCUCUUUCAACCCAUUUCUUCUGGCUUUCCUUGACAUUGUCUUUUCCUCCCUUGGCCCACUCUUGCAUUGCGGCGCCCUGCAAAGCUCGGCCGAAGGAGAAUGUCAGCGC